CCCUCCCUGCUGGGCUCUCCCGGCCAGGCUCGGGCGGGGGCACUGCGGGCGGCGAGGCGGCCGGGCCGGCAGCCAUGUGGACCUCGCUCGGUGCCCGCUCGGAGUCGGCGGGCCCCAGGGCAGCCAGCGGCCGCUUCUGGGCUGUCCUCCUGGGAGCAGCGGCGGGGUUCUUCGUCCUCGGGUUCCUCAUCGGCUGGUUUGCAAAACCUACAGAUAAGAAGACCUCUUUGAGUACUCAUGAGGACAUGAGGACAGCAUUUAUGGCUGAAAUGAAAGCGGAAAACAUCAAGCAAUUUCUUUACAAUUUUACACAGCUUCCUCACCUAGCAGGAACAAAGGAAAAUAUGCAUCUGGCACAGCAAAUCCAAGCUGAGUGGAAGGAAUUUGGUUUGGAUUCGGUUCAGUUGGUUCAUUAUGAUGUCUUGCUCUCUUACCCUGAUGACACUAAGCCCAACUACAUCUCAAUAAUUGAUGAGCAUGGCAAUGAGGUUUUCAACACAUCAUUGUCUGAGCCUCCUCCUCCAGGAUAUGAGGCUGUUAGAGAUGUGGUGCCACCCUACAGUGCCUUUUCAGCCCAAGGAGUGCCCGAGGGUGAGUUGGUGUAUGUGAAUUAUGGCCGCACUGAGGACUUCUUUACAUUAGAACGUGAAAUGGGAAUUAGCUGUACAGGAAAGAUUGUUAUUGCCAGAUAUGGGAAGAUCUUCAGAGGAAAUAAGGUGAAGAAUGCUGAAUUGGCAGGUGCCAAGGGAAUUAUUCUGUACUCUGACCCUGCUGACUACUGCGCACCUGGAGUAGAUCCUUAUCCAGAUGGCUGGAACCUUCCAGGUGGAGGAGCCCAGCGUGGGAAUGUAUUAAACCUGAAUGGAGCAGGGGAUCCUCUGACUCCAGGUUAUCCUGCAAAAGAGUACACAUACCGAUUAGACAAAACCAGUGGUGUAGGUCUCCCAAAAAUUCCAGUUCAUCCUAUUGGCUAUCAUGAUGCAGAGUCAUUACUACGUGAUAUGGGAGGACCGGCACCACCUCAUAGUAGCUGGAAAGGAAAUUUGAAUGUAUCUUACAACGUUGGUCCUGGUUUUACAGAAGGUUAUUCUUCAAGAAAGGUGAAAAUGCACAUUCAUAGUAACAAUGAAGUAAGAAGGAUUUACAAUGUGAUUGGUACCAUCAAAGGCACAGUGGAACCAGACAGAUAUGUCAUCCUGGGAGGCCACCGUGACUCAUGGGUAUUUGGUGGCAUUGAUCCUCAGAGUGGGGCAGCUGUGGUUCAUGAGAUUGUGAGGAGCUUUGGAAAACUGAAAAGCAAAGGGUGGAGACCAAGGAGAACAGUGAUGUUUGCAAGCUGGGAUGCAGAGGAAUUUGGCUUGUUAGGAUCAACAGAGUGGGCUGAGGAAAAUGCUAAAGUAUUGCAAGCACGGGGAGUGGCUUAUAUCAAUGCAGAUUCUUCUGUUGAAGGAAACUACACACUGCGAGUGGAUUGCACACCACUGAUGUACAGUCUGGUGUACAGUCUGACUAAAAAGAUACCAAGUCCUGAUGAGGGGUUUGAAGGAAAAUCUCUUUAUGAGAGCUGGUAUAAAAAAAAUCCAUCAAGUGAAUAUAAAGAGGUCCCCAGAAUAAAUAAACUGGGUUCUGGCAAUGACUUUGAAGCAUUUUUUCAACGUCUUGGCAUUGCUUCAGGCAGAGCACGUUACAGUAAAAAUUGGAACGUGGAAAAAUACAGCAGCUAUCCAGUUUACCACAGUGUCUAUGAAACCUAUGAAAUUGUGGAACAGUUUUAUGAUCCCACUUUCAAGAAUCAUCUGACAGUAGCUCAGGUACGGGGAGGGCUGGUGUUUGAAUUGGCCAACUCUGUUGUGCUUCCCUUUGACUGUAGAGAUUACGCAUCAGCUGUGAGCAACUAUGCUCACAUCAUCUAUAAUUUGUCAAGGAGUCAUGAAGAGAAGCUGGCGACAUACAAUGUAUCCUUUGAUGCUCUGCUUUCAGCUGUGAAGAAUUUUACAGAAGUUGCUGCUAGCUUUCAUGAGAGACUGCAACAAAUAAAUCUCAAUAAUCUGCUUGCUGUCAGAUCACUAAAUGAUCAGCUCAUGUUUCUAGAAAGGGCUUUCAUCGACCCUCUUGGAUUACCUGGCAGGCCAUUCUAUAGACAUAUAAUCUUUGCUCCAAGCAGCCACAACAAAUAUGCAGGCGAAUCCUUCCCAGGAAUCUAUGAUGCCAUGUUUGAUAUUGAAAGCAAAGCUGACCAACAUGAAGCCUGGGAAGAAGUGAAGAGGCAGAUUUCCAUUGCAGCCUUCACUGUUCAGGCAGCAGCAGACACACUGAAGGAAGUAGCAUAAAUGUGAACAAUAUAGUCAUCAGUGAAGACUAAAUGUGACAGUUUGCAGGAGCCUUAAAAAUGGAGCAUUAGAAAACACUAGGACAAUUAUGACAAAGAACAAAAACUCAAAAAAUCUUGGUCUUUGCAAACAAUAUACCCAAGUUGAAUGCAUUUAGCAAUGUUAACAAGGUAAUGUACUCCAUUCUGAGAGUCAGGAUUUAGAUGUCUUCUGAAUUGAGACUGGUAAUGUUUCAGGUUUUCUCCCGGCUUUGUAUUUAAGAAUUGUUAAUCACUGGAUUUAUUUUCUGAGUUUUGAAUUUUUCUAGCUUUAUUAUUAUAGUGAUCUCCAUAGUUCUUCAGGAAAACAGAGUUCAUUUGAUAUUUCUAUCAGUUACUAAUUUUGUUGUUGCCUUUUUGUUAUUUACCCUGGGAUAGCAUAAUUAUACCUCAAGACAGACCUCUCAGCCCUCCUUUUCCACAAAGAUUGAGAUGGACAUAGAGAUGGAAAAAACUGUCACAUACCAUGUGCAGGAUCUAUAAUAAUCGUAACAAGUCCUGGGCAGGCAGCCCAGAAUACUCAUCCAUGACAUUCUUUUCCCCACAUGCUGAACCUUGCAGCUGUUUGCAAAUAAAUUUAAGCAAGAAGCUUUUACUCACUUGCAUAAAAACAAGGCAAUACAUCUUGUCAGACAUCUAGUCAUCUCACAAAAUGUCUUUCAAGAUGAAGACCCUAUUGUUAUUCUUUUAACCAAAAUCUACCCUUGCUAUGCCUUGUCCCUAUAGAGGUGUUUUUAAUAUGAAGACAGAAUCAAAGAAUACUCAUCAUGUCCUUAGUUUGAAAGGAUACCAAAUUAUUACCAUCUGAUUAUCAUGUUCUGCUUACUCUUAUGAUGGGACAACCAAGAUCAGACAGAGAAGACUCAGAAAAUCAGAUCCCUUCAUCUGAAAUUUUGCCCCUGGACUGUUACUAACCUCUUAUACAGCUAAUGUUUUGUAUGAUUUGAUGUGUCAUGUUAACUGAGACCUCUACCAUGUCUUAAACUGCUGUCCUGUGAUCUGAUGGUUUUCAGUACUAUGACAUAUUGUUUUCUUUUCCAUGAGGCUUCAUUUAAUCAUAAAUAUUUCUGCACUUCACAUUAAAACCUUUUAGACAAGUUACUGUAAUUAAGUCAUUAUUUUGCCUAACUGUUGGUCUUUCUGAUAAAAUAAUCUAGUUUACCAGAUAAUGGGAAAUGCUCUUAUACCCGUAGUUAUUGCCCAGUUAUUUUUACAUUUUUUAUGAAACUGAUUGGAAUAAAAUGAUGGAGAUGUCUUCUCCCAAAUGCA